ACGCUUUACCCGGGACCACCGUCUCGGCGACCCAGACUUAAUCAGAGCUUAGAGCGGGAGAGGUGUGCGUGAAGAGGAGAAACGAAGACGGCUUGCAGCCCUAGCCCCCGGCACCCUGGGGGCUGACGCGCGGCAAUGGGUCUGUACCUCAACAACUGCUAUAAGGCUGCUGAAGCCGCUGCCACUAAGGCGGCCGCCAGCAGCCUAACAGCCGACAGAGAGCACUGCGACACCGGUUCACACAAAAAAAAACAUUCCAGAGGUCGGAGCAUCUAUCUCUUGGAUCUUCCUCUUGGGGUCAAGCUGCCUAUUAUCCCAGGAAGCAACAAUAUAUUCUAUACUACAAAUAUAAGUGAAAAGCUUUAUCAGCCUUCUUAUGACUUUAACCUGACUGAUCCUUGUUGCCGACGUUUGGAAACCAGCUAUAAAAGUCUGCAUGAUCCCCAUUUAAAAGCAUACCAUAAGCGAAAGGAUAUCCUAAGGAGAUUAAAGAAGAGUGGUUACAUCACCAGCAAUAAUAAAAUAGGUUGAAGCCUCCUUCCUCUUAACCAGCAGAAACCUCAUCUGACCACUUUAAAAUUAGACUUUGAAAGAAACUAUGUAAGAGAACAAAAAAUGAUUGAAAAACAAGUAAAUAAAUUGUAUGAAACCAGAAGAGCCUAUAACAGUUAUGGAAACGAACAGUUCCAAGAAUGGCUGUUACAGGAAGACACACAAACAACUCCAGACCAAGAGCUGAUAAUAAAGCACAGAUAUUUAGAUAUGAUCGGUAGGGAAUUAGACAAGGUUGAGCCCACGGCAGAAAAGCAGAGCAUAGUCCGGAUGCAAGAAGAACAACAACGACAUCAGGACCACAUUAGAAGAAAACUUCAUCUCCGUAGACAAAUCGAAGAGGAAUGGAAGACAAAAGAGAUGUUACUUUUGACAAAGAUUGGAGAAGAAGUAAAAAGAGAAGCAAGAAUUGAGGAACAACGUCAAAAAGUCAGGGAGGAAGCUCACCGGAAGAAACAAGCAUGUCUAGAGAAAAAAGUCGCUCAUCAUUUACAAAAAAUGCAGCAAAGAGAUGACGUUAAGAGAGACAGACCAGAGGGAAAUAUAUUUGAAAACAGAGGACAGAAUGAAAGAGAAGCUUCUUCAAAGAUCAAGAAAGCAAGUGAUACCGCCAGUGACCAGCAAUCGCACCAGGAACAAAAACAACCAGGCCAUUCUCAUAGUUUUGUAAAGAUUCCUGCCAAAAAAUCAUCAGUCUUCGUAUCUUCUCAGCCUGAUGUACAGAAAAACAAAGCAGAACAAAAGAGCAUACAGAAAGAUAAAGAAAUGACUAAAACAUCACAUACUUUAAAUGAUGAAGGAAUUAAAAGUAGCUCACAUCAAGCUCCAGAUGUUUCUGCUAAAACAGAAAAUGUCCCCAGACAUUCUAUACAGGCUAUUUUGAAACAAGAGGAAUUAAAGGUUAGCCCCUGUCUGUACAAUAGAGUAAAUUCAUAUGUGAUUUCCCUUGUGUCCUGCUUACCUCCUUUCCAGGUAACUUCAGAAGAACUGAACAGUGUAGUUCAUAAUAUAAUGAUCUGGGUUGUGGCUGCAGUGACCAGUAUAUUAUAUCCAGCCAUCACAAAAUAUGAAGAAAGGUUGCAAAAUAUUAUAUACCCGAUGCCUGAUGACUCUACCCUCUCUUUAAAUAGUGCAAGUUGCUGUAGCACAUGCAGUGAAAUGCUUCUAUGAACAGGUAUUCAGGGAGAGACAUUUCAGGCAGAGACCUGUGCUGACACAGAUGACAGGUCAAUAGGGCAACCAGCAGCACCCAUAAAACCAUCUUCUGCCCACAAAAAAAGAACAGUUACAGGAAAAACACAUCACAGGAAAGGAUAACCUAAAACCUCUGAACCUAAAUAUAAUAAGACCGCUGAAUCCCCCAAACUUAAAACCUGUAAACCCGGUAGUCACCUUUUUGCACUGAUUGAAACAGGCACAAAGAAAUCUGAAGAUGCUACCACUAAAACAGUUGCCUUAGAACACCCACCGUCUUCUGAUGAAAAAGCAAAAGUUGUAAAGGAGAUGCAGGAGUUAAAGAAUGUUUUUGAUAACUUUAAAUAUCACCUAAAAGAGGAAUCCGAGUUGAUUUUAGAAAAUAUUUUUCAUGAAAUGGUGUCUGAAUUAACCAAGACCAUCCCCACUCUUACUUCUGUUACGGCCGAAACUUUGGUUGAUCAAACUGACACUGACAAAGGAGACUUGCUCUCCAAUGUCAAUAUCUCCUCAGCAGCUGCUGAAAUUAUGGAAAAUGUGCCUGAGAAGCUACAGUCUGCAGUUGAGAAAAAAUGUAUUGAGGUAUUUUCACAAGAAACUUUGUCAGUUCACUUUAAAUCAGACUUAACAGCCAGUGGGGAACAUUUCAUUUCACAGAAGAAGAAAACGUCAAAAGCUUCACCGCCUUAUACUAUAGAGAACAUGAGUGGUAUUGCAGAGGAUAUGGUUCAUGUGAUUUUAGAAAAGCUGACAUCUCUUGCAUCUUCUAAGCAAAAUGAACUUGCUCAUCUUGAAAUCACGACUGAACCUACUUAUCAGCAACACAGGGAAGGUCCAACAUAUGCAUUCCUUCAAAGAGCCAGCAAAAGUAAAUCCAGUGCUGAACCUGAUUCAGCCAAUUUGAUUAGCAAAGAAGACAUACAAAAUUUAGUUUCAAAUAUUUUUUCCCAAUCCUCUCUGGUUGGUUAUAUAGAGGAAGCAAUCAACACUAUACUAAGUUAUAUACAAAUUGGACUUAACGAGAGACUCAUUGCAUCUGAGGAAACAGUGAUCAUCCUUCAUCUACUUGAUGAUGUCUUGGCUCAGUUACAUCAGAAACCAGCAAAAACAGAUGUCCAAAAAAGAAGACACCCAAGACUGAGUAGUCCUUCUGGCACUGAAGAAGAGCACAGACUCACCAGCACCAGAGUAACUAAUGAUCCUAGACAUGGAUGCCUCUUUCCACCCAUUAAUGUUCCUGACAUGGUCCUUUAUUCUGAAGAUGAAAAUAAAGAAAUAGACAAGAUUGUAGAAAAUGUACUGAUUUCAUCUAUCAAAGAUGAAAAAGCAAAAUUACAAGAACAGGCUCCUGAUCACUGGUUAACAAGGGAAAAUGCUGAUUUGAAGUACAAAAGAAAUAUGAACUUAUCUACAAAGCCUGCUUAUCAAGAUGAAAUAGCAUUUCAUGAUUGGGGAUUAAAGACUGACCUUCCAGCUUUUAAUAAUGACCUUUUUAAGGACAAGCCAUGUUUGAAUAAAGACCUUUUGAUUUUCAGCCAAGAUGAAAAGCAUCAAAUACAAAAAGCCUCAGAAGAUAUAAUUACAAGUAUUUUAGCACAGAUGCUCCAAGACCUAUCUUCUGGGCUCUCUGGUCACUCAGGUUAUAAAAAUGAUAAGGAAGCUUCACUUCUUACAUCAGGAAGCCCACGAGAUCUGUCCAAUCAAGAAUGGAUGAACCAGAUGUUCUCUGCAUCAGAAAUCCAAAUAGUAGCUCAAGAAAUUGUAGAUGCUGUAUUAAAAAUACUUCACAUAGGGGUGCCUGGGUGGCUCAGUUGGUUAAGCAACUGCCUUCAGCUCAGACAUUCUUCAUCAGUACCUCAAACUUCUCUAGAUAAUGCUGACAUACCAAAUAAAGAGCCAUUAGAAAUAUGGCUUGAGAGUAACAGGAAGAUGAAAUUUUUAUCUGUACUUGACAUAGACCCUACAAAACAUCCCUGGUUAGAAACUGAAGAAACUGAAUCAACACCUGAACCUGUAGUUCACAUUAAUGAUAGGAUCACUUACACAGUUAAGAAGCUGAACUCAUUUAAAUCUUCAUUUCAAUCUCACCUUAGUACUUACACAACUAAAGUGGUAAAAAUUGUUUUGGAUGCUAUCCAGAAAGAACUCAAAGACAAUAAGAAAAAUCUAAAUCUUGGGAAGUGUGGCCCUCCCAAAGACUUUAUAGAUACAGGAGUUUUUGCUGACAAUGAAAAGGAAUUAGACUCUGUUGUCACAAAGCUAAAUAAUGACAUUAUGACAAGUUCGUUAGCAACUUGCAUUUGUGAAUUGUUAAGUGGAAAUACAGGUAAAAGCAAUGUUCUCCCUUCAGAUAAGCUAAGGUCUAAAAUCUCAUAUGAAACUGCUGAGAUUGAUCAACAACAACUUGUGCCUUCUCAGUGCCCUCAUAUGCAAGAGGAAGUUCACAAAUGUACCAGAUUGCAAGUUAGAAUUGGGGAUACCUUAUAUGACAUGUUACACAAGCUCAUAGGAGACCGUCCAUGUUCUCCCCUAUCUGAUGAACAAAAUAGAGUGGAUCAAUGAGAAUUUGAGAACAACUACUGCAUGACAAAUAUUCAGCUCAUUUCUUAUACAAUUCUAGAAGAUAUCAUUAGAAAAUUAUGUAGUGCUGAGAUGGAUCAGAUUUUCACAAAUUCAGAAUUUAAGGCAUCAGAUUAUAUUGAUACUGACAGCCUAUCACUUGCUUUGCUUAUUGAGGAAAUGGGCAUAUGCUCUCACAUAAUCUCUAGCAUGUUGUUCAGUGUGAUCCAGCCAGGUAGUCAAGAGGUGACUAACAACAAGGGAAAGACAACUGCCCCCAAAACAGGAACCACAAAAGAAGAGCACCCAAAUAAACUGGAAGUCAUGGCUUCUGAUAGCUUUGAAAUGGUUUUUGCCAAAUUGAAAGGGUUUGCCGAAAGAAAUUUAGAAACUCUGGGCACUAUAAUCAAUGGAAAUAAAAAGAGCAACAAGAGGUACUGGGAAAGUGAAAGUAUCAACAUUUGUACAAACACACAUGAAAAACAACUGCCGUCUGCUUUAUAUACGCAUGCAGAGAAAGUAUCAAGUACUAUUUUGAAGGCUAUUCAAACAUUAAAUGUGAGCUUGCCAGAUUUGGAAACAGGCAUAACCAAGCCACUACAGGAGAAAGAAAUGCUUAAGAAUCUAGUCGAUUUAAUUUUAGAUGCAGGGCCUCCUCAUAUAUUUAAUGGAACUGAACCAGAAGAGCAAGGCAUUGAAAAUUACAGAUACAGGCCAACCUCUGGAAAUUUUCUUCCAGGAGGGGCUGACCCAGAGUCCUAUCUAGAAGAUCCUGCAGAUACAGAGAAAGAAAGUGCUGGAGAGGAAAGACCACCAGAAGAAACUAAAUCAGAAUCUCUUAAGCAAUGGGAACUAGAAAGAACAUUUAAAAAAUUUGAAGUAGAACUCAAAGAACCAGAAAAGUCCCCAGUUGUGCCCAUUAUAAGAAAUAUUUUGAAUGAAAUUUUUCAGAAUGACUUAAUUGAUCAAUUAAAUGUGCUUACUCUCUCCCAGUCCCCUUUAUGUGACAUUCCUCAUCCUGGUGAUAAGCCAGUUGCUCAAAAAUCAAUUCAGUCUAUGGAUAAAAUAAUGGAUCCUUUAGUAUCUGAGGCAGAUGUAACCGUUGUUGUAGAUAAUGUUGUUAGGACCAUACUUCAAAAACUUUAUUCUGCUGUUAUGACAGAUAGAAAUGCAAGUGAAAAUACAUCUAACAUUAUCACCUGUCCAGCACAUAUCUCUUUUCCUGAACACGCCAGUGGAGAAAAGGCCUCUCUUCAGUGUACCAUACUGGACAGAAAUCCAUGCACACUUCAGUCCACAUUUAGUAGUGGUAAAAUGACCAAAGUGAAUGUAGUUGAAGAUAUUAUACAGUCAGUAUUAACAAAUUUAGAAACAUUUGCUACUUCCAAAGUAAAAACUCUCUUUUGUCCUCACAUCAAUUUCACAAUUCCAAUGGUUUUGCCUCUACAAGAGGAUGAGACUGUUUUCAGCCAACCAUGGCUAUCAAUCAAAGAUUCAUAUUCUGGUGAUCAGUUUUCCUAUUGCUCAGUGGAUCAUAACAAGUCAGGAAAGACCACCUCAAUAUGUCAACUGACUGCCUGUAAAUUAAAUUCAUAUUCAACAGAAGUGGCUAGACAGAUUUUACAAGGAAUCAAACAUAAGUUAGAUAAGGAAAUGAAAAGUCCAUUCUUAAUCCAUAAUACUGUGGUUUCUGACAGUAUCCCAAGCCAGGUUGUUAACACAGUGUUAAGUAUUGUGUCUACUAAAGGCAAAUAUGAAAAAAACCUGUUUGACAGAGAAAUUGAUACAGGUCAGCCAGAAGAUAUUGUUGAAAAGCUGUUCAAUAAAAGUGACUAUCGAAGAAAACUUCAAUUUCAAAUACUUGAUACCAUCAAGGGUAUCUUAGGUGACAUCUGUGAGAAAACACUAGACGAGAAUAAUCUACUUGCUGCAUCCACUCUUAACAAGUGUAACAGAAGUGGGAAACAUUUAGAAGCAAACUCUGAAAUAAACCCCAAGUGUGCAAAUAAAGCUAUUCCAAUGCUUUUAGUUCCUAAGUCGUGUGUCACAAUGAUUUCCAGUGAUAUGGUGGAUAUUGUUCUUCAAAAUCUAACUUCUGCUAUCAUGCUUGGCAUACAUGCAAAGGAUUCUAUUUCUCUGAAAUUGCCCCUGACAUUUUCUGAUGCAUUUCCCAAAGCAGAGCAUCAACCAUCUCCUGUUACAGACUCAAUGAAUGAGGGGGAAAGGGAGAUAAUUCCAUUUGCAAGAAAGGGAAGAGAUGUACAGCUGAAAUCAGUUUAUUCUGAUGAUAAUCAGACAGCUGUACUUAAAAAACAAGAUGCCAAGAAAUCUGCUUCCAACCCAUGUGAGGAAAAUGUUCACUUUAUUACUAAAGCCAUUUUGAAUAGAUUAAAAUCUUUUGCCACAGAAAGAUUUGAUACUCUCUUGAUACUAAGACUACAGAAAAAACAUGUUGGCCCAGAAUUUACAAGUUGUAAACAAAACAACAGCAUAUUCCUUGAAGCAAACCAAAUGCUAUCGGAUGUGAAUAUCCUAGAAAUCUCAACAGCUAGAACCGUUCUCAGUCAAGAGGUCACAGACUACACAUUUGCUAAUUACAGGGAAAAACAUGGACCUGCAAUUAAUAUAUCACAAGCUAGUCUUAGGGAAUAUGCUGACAUAAUUGCCAAUACCAUUUUGAUGCUUAUAAAAAAUGACAUAGAUUUAGAAAUCCAAAAGAUGUAUUCAUAUCCAAACAAUACUUCAUUCCAAGAAAACAUAAUUGUGAGUGAAACUGUCAACAACAUCUUAAAGAGUUUACAUGAUAAAAUAUCCUUGAAGGCAAGUAGGUUUUACUCACAGCAGAAUCCCAGCCUGUUUACACAACUAGCUGUACAAAAUGAAAUACUGCCAGGUCAAAGGAAGAUGGAAGACAACUCUGAACUGUCUCUUUUUUCAAAAUACUCAUAUCAAAACCAAAUUAUAUCAGAAGCAGAAAACCCAAGAAGGGUUUUGGAAGAAAUAUUUAGAAAUGGAGACUCUAGACAGGAAAAAACAACUGCUUUGUUAAGGGCGGUUAAGGAAAUUUUAAAGAAGGUAUAUCAGAGGGUAAUGGAAGACAUAGACCACUGGCCUCCAUUUAAUGAACCCCCCCACUCUACAUCUGAUUCUAAAAUGAAAACAGCAGCAGCUUGGAAAAAAACCUUGCAGUCACAUAUAAGCAGUGUUGCAAAUGACAUACUUGAAAGUGUUUUCAGAAAAAUGUUCUCAAUAGUCAUGACAUCCUUAUAUGAAAAGAAUGAGGCCAGGGGAGAAUUGGAAGCAUCUGGCCAUGAUGAAUUACUGGUGACCCCAUCAAGCUUUCGGGAAUCAAAACAAGCAGAACAAAGUGUCCCCCCUGAACCUGUGAUACUGCGAGCUUACCCUUACAUAGGCAGUAUCAGUGUCACUUCAUUGGAAAACACCUCACUGCAAUUUUCUCCAUUGCGAAUGGGCGAAGAAUUGGUCCAAAAGGUUCUCCAAAAGAUUACGAAUUUUGUUUUGCUGAGUGUAGAAGAGAAUUUGUCCCUGAAAGAUCAGUCUGAUGGAAUGCAGUCUCUGAGGCCACGCAGUUCUAAUGCUAGUUCCAAAGGCAGCCCUAAUGUAAGUUUUAAAACAGACUUCAAAGCAAAAUCAAAAGUUAUCUCUUUGCCUAAAUUCAGAACAAAACCACAGAUAGGACCUAGUGGGGCUAAGGCCAAAAGUACGUCCAAUCCUAGAGAGAAGACUUUCAGAGGCAGUCAGUCCAGUACUGCCAUUGGUCUGCCAUACCUGCUAUCCAUAGGGGAUGACAAAAACUCCUUGGUGAGAACAAAACUCCCCACUGCAGAACUAAAAAUGUAUGCCAAGGAUAUAGUAAGCAAUAUUCUGGAAACAACUGUGAAUGAAUUUCAAAAGGUGAGGCAAAAUAGACUAAUGGUAAAUGUAAACACUUUAACUUCUGAUCAAAUCAUGACAGCAAGUAAAAUAGUUAAUGCAGUUUUGCAAGGAUUAUAUGCUACAAAGAAUGACAAUCUGGCCGACCAGAUAAAAGGCUCAUACUCACAUGAUCUCAAACUUUCACAGAGGAAUUUUAAGACAAUUUCUCUUGCAAAUCCAGAAGUCCAUUUCUCUUUGGAGAAUGUUUCUUCCCAGCUAGAGAAAUUCUUCCCUAAAGAAGGUAUUUUUAGUCAAAUGUUUGAUAAAUGGCAAACGGAAUCAAAUCACAUGGAAAAUGAAAAAUAUAAGCUAUUGAUGAUAGCUGAGACUGUUUUGAAUGAAAUUUCAAUGAAAACAAAGGAAUUAGAACAAUCUGUUUCACUUUUAAAUUUGUCACCUCUUGAGGCUUGUGAAAGCAGGUACCAUAACUUUAAAAGAUCUGCUUCUGGAGCUGAGGGUUCCCAAGCACAAAUUAAUAUAUUUGGUCAGGAAAUUGUUUAAAAGCUAUUAGAAAAAUUAGAGGUGUACUUCAUGACUCAGAUGUUCAUAACAGAUGGUAAAGAAAUGCUAGAAAGCAAGAAAGAAACUACCUCUAGAAGUCAAUGUAGCUCCUUAAGAACAAACAACCUCAACAAUGUACCAAUCUAUAACACAAAGCUGAAAGACAAAAUAUAUGGGGGCUCUAACCACCAAAUUGCUCAAGAGAUCAUGUAAGGGGUUCUGAACACCUUAGAAUCAUUUGUAGACCUACAAUUUAAACAUAUCUCUAUAUACGCUUUUUCUGAAAUUGUGAAAAUACCUUUUGAAACUUUUGCUGUCCAACAGAAACCAUUCAUGAAAACAAUAUUGCCCAAGCUACAACCACUGAAUAAGCUUCCUAAUGGAUCUAAAUCAAGUAGUAUGAUUUCCCAGGAGAACGUGCACAAUACCCUUCGACAGCUUCACUCGUUACAUUCAGAACUGCUUACUUAGGCUGCUAAUACUGUCAAUGACAUGCUUGGUAUAAUUAAGAACAAGUUAGACAAAGGAAAAUGCCAAAUGGAACCAUCGUCAAUAAGCAUAUUUGAAAAAAACAUUGUGGCAAGUCAGAUUAUCAGCACACUGAUGGACCAAUGUACUCAUUUCUAUGAGUCGAUGAUCAAAAGCCAUCCAAAGGAAAAUCUGCUCCAACUAGCUGAAAAUGCCUACACUGCCAAUUGGCCCAGAUUUGCAACUGGGAUGGGAAUGUUCACUUCAAAAUCAAAGGGAAUUAACUGCAGGGAUGAUCUUCCACAAAUCCCUGGCUUAUUUUUUUAUUCAGAGGAAGAUAGUAAAGUAAAGGAGAAGGCUUCAUCAAAUCUACCUUCAUAUGUCAGAUACUCUUCAGGAGAUACACUUAAAAUCACAGAGCUGUUGGAAGGGCUCGAAUCGGAACUUAAACCGUUACAUUCUAGAAGUGAAGCCCAAGGCCUUAGCCAUUUUGAUCAAGGGGUGGAAGGAAACAGCUCUCUCCCAUUACAAAAACCACUUCAGAAAUCCGGUGACUCUGUGCAAGCAGCACCAGAGCACCCCAUGUCCUUCACAGAAAUGGAAGAAGGUGAAAAUCCAAAAGUUCUUCAUGAUGAGUUCCCCAAGCCAGUUAGUAAGCCAAACCAAAUACAGACAACCGUUUCUCCACUCAAAAUAGGUAUAGCUGCAGGAAAUAUUGUUAAUACCAUGCUGUUGAGUUAUGGCCUUCCAAGCCAAACCGCAUAUACUAAUGAAAGUAUAGAAACAAUGAAGCCAUUUUUUGUAUCAAAGGAAGGGCCUUUGUCUGUGAUGUCUGAAGAACAAAAGGAUGAGAAAAGUUUGCUUAAAAUAUGGGAAAAAAGAAUCAGCUAAAACCAAAGCCUUGCAGCAAGUGGAAAAGAUUUCACUUUACUGGAAAAGUGGAAAGUUAAGUACCCAAAAUUAGAGAAACCAGAAUCCCCUGAAGAGGCUGAAGUCAUUGCUUUUGCAGAUCAGGAACUGGGACCACAUGAAAUCCACCUAGUAGCAAGAUAUGUUACUACAGCUGUGGUCACACAUUUCAAGAACUUUGAAACCAGAGAUCAAUGCCCAAAUUGGAAUAUGGAUUCUGGUGAAAUACCACGAAAAAGGUUCCUAUCUUCAAAUAACCAGCAAAGUCAUAGAAUACCUAGAAAUAACUCAGGGCUCUCCCCAAAAUCAGUUUUUCUUCUGAACAUGGUAUGUGAGAAAUUUAUCAAAAUACUUUUGGAAGAAUGUACAGCCAACAACCCCCUUACAGAUGGUGCUGUUUCUGGUGAAAUACCAGCAGAAGGUCAACUCCCCAACAUACUUCAAAACAUAGAGAAUUAUUGCAGGGGAACAAUGGACCGUGGCUCACCAUUUGAAGAAUAUAACAUGUCAGCCCUUUUGGAAAAUCUGGCAGAAAUAGAUCAAGAAUCUAUGCUUAGUGUUACUUCCCAUACCUUAGUAAAAUCCUUAAUGGAAAAACUGUCCUGUGGUAUAAAUUGACCUCCCAGAAGUCCACUUUUUGCAAACAAGCAUUUAAUGUAUAGAAGAAGACAAAGACUCCCUGGUUUCCCAAAAAUAGAAAGGCCAAAAUUAAAAGAAUCAAGACAGGGUAAAUGCUCUGCAAGAUUCAUGAAUUAUGACAGCAAGCCUUUGAGAGAACCACUGAAUAAUCUCACUGUGACUCAUUCCAAAAUACAAGCCCCAGUUGGUAAGCAGUUUUCAGGAAAAUUCCCUCCUCUACCUCCUCUUCGAAGACCAGGUAAAAAGGAAGAGAAUGCAACAGCUAUUCUUAACAUGCAAUAUCCAGGAGGCAUAAACACAGGAGUUUAUUCUGCCACAUUUCUGGAGGAAAUAUUUGCAGACAUUUUCCUUAAUCUCUCCACCUCCUUGCAGGGCAAAAAUGUAAACAUCACUGAAGCUCAGCUCAAUGAGAUAAAUAUAUUAGAUGUCAACUCUGUGGUGAAUGAGUUUAACAAUGCUCCAGUCACUGUUUUACGAGAUGUUGAAGAAAGGGUAUGUUUUCCACCAAUCGAAACUGUUAGAAAGAUUGUUGACUCAGUUAAUAGUGCUGUUUCAUGAGAAUAUGCAUUACAAGUUACUGGUGGCAGUCAUCUGACACAUGCUACCACCUCAACAGCAGAACAGAUAACUAACAGCAUAUUGAGAGAGAGUGCAGAGUACCAACUCCCACUGUGCUUUGUAGGAAAGCUCAUGCCUAAUUCAUAUUACCCUCUUAAAGCUAAAAAUAUAUUGCAGAAACUUCAAAACAACCUGAGAGAACUUAAUUACCAAGGUCAACAUUCAACGGGCUAUACUACCAUUUUAUCACACUCAUUUUUAGAAGAUGUCAUCAGGAAGUUAUUAUCUCAGCUCAUUUCUCCACCCUGUAAGCCUUCAUGCUUGGCAAAGAAGUAUUUAUUGACUUCAGAUUUUAAUGAGGUAUCCACCUGUAUAAUAACUAAGAUUUUGUCAGCCAUUUCAAACCAUAAGAUUUGGCUCACUAAAUAUGAUUGUCAACAUCUAUAUACAGAAAAAAGCCUUCAAAAUAUGGUGGAGUCUGUUUAUAAUAAUGUUUUACAGAUGUCUGACUCUCUUGUGUCAGUCCAGAAAAGUAUAGUAAGCCAAAGCCCAAUUAUGAUUGACCAAAUGGCCAGUCUCAUUAUUCAAGAGAUUAUUGAAAAUCAUCUUCAACCCUUUUUGUGUGGAGAGGGCUUACCUUGUGCAAUGACUCCACUAGAUGAAAUAUCAGAUAUGGUUAAAGAGGUUCUCAGUGAGGUCACAGGGUCACAUAGACCCCAGAAGCCAUCAUCACUAGGUAUGGACUUUUAUCCUAAUGCAUUUGUAGAAGAUAUUGUUGCCUGGCUAUUAUCAAAGGUCUUCAAUCCAAAAUAUAACACUGAAUGUGAACUGGAUAAAAUGACCCAAAUAGUAAACUCAAUAAAUAACCAUUUUAACAAAGCUAAAAUCUGCAUUCUUCAUGAUGACCAAGAGCAGUCUUUCCCCACCGUAGAUCUAGACACUGUGGAUGAACUCGUCAAUUCAGUUUAUGAGAAUGUUCUGCAACAGCAUGGACUAACCACUGAGGUUGAUAAUGAAGAACUCAAAGACAGUGAUAUUUUUGCAGAAAAUGUUACCAAUUUAAUUGUAGCCGCUAUUUCUGAUUAUCUUUUUCACCCACUGUUUUCUGGGGACUUGUCGGCUUCCUCCUAUGCUACUUUAACAGCAGAGAACAUUAUUCAGAAUAUCUUUAGUGGCAGCAGUGAAUCUACCAAACCAAGCCAGCAUUUAUCUCCAUAUAGCACCUUGCUGCCAUACACACUUUUAGAAGACAUAAUUAGAGUGCUGUUAUCUAGAAUCUUUCCUUCUACAUAUAACAUGGUUCCAUACAGCAAAACUCCAAAAGGCAGAUCCGGAAUUAAUUGUGAUGAAAUCUCUUCAAAGCUAAUCAGUGAUAUUAGGAUGAAAAUUUCCCAACAUGAAAUUCGAUUUUCAAAAGAUGAAGAAGAAACCAAAUCUAUUUAUUCAGAGGACGAUGUUCAGCAUCUCAUCGAUUCUGUAUUUAGAAAUAUGUUGCAAAACUCUGGGUCUCAAGAAGCAGUUGAGCACAAUAUUACAAGCAGUAACAAUGUUCUUAUUGAUAGAAUAGCAGGUUUUAUCAUUAAAAAUAUUUGUCAACAGCAUCUGCAUCCAUUUGUGUAUGGAAAGUCAUUACUUCCUCCAUCAUAUACAUAUUUUGAUGAUGUGAGAAGGCACCAUUUUUUUGCUGGUGUUUACUCCUCAGCCUUUUUGGAAGAUGUAAUCUCUGGGGUUUUAAGCAAAAUAUUCCACAGGGUGUUAGGUAUUGUGCAAACAAACUCAUUAAGAGAUUCAGGAAAAGAACUAUUGGAAACAGCUGAAAAACUCAUAUAUUUGAUAAUGGAAGAAUUCUCAAAAGCUCAAGUUAGCAUCCUAGAAAAUGCUAAGGAACAAUUGCCACCAGUGCAUACAGAAGUAGUGAUCGAAAUUAUUGACAUGACAUAUAGCAAAGUUUUACAAGAAUAUGAACUGGAACCUGGUAAAGACUUUCUCAAUGAUACAAAAACAUUGGCUGAAAGGGUAACUAAAAUUAUCCUGGCUGAAAUUUUUGAUUUCCAAAUUCAUCCAUAUUUCAUAGCAAAGCUGCCUUUUAAAUCAUAUUCAAGACUCCAUGCUGAUGCUUUGAUAAAGAGAGUUCAUUAUGCUAUUAGUAAAUCAAGACUCCGGAGACAGACUUAUACAUCAUAUACCACCAUAUUAUCACAUACACAUUUGGAAAAAAUCGUCACUCAGGUUUUAUCUCAGAUAAAUCCAUUGAACUGCAGUGCAGAAGACCCAGACAUUUUGCAGUCAGACUUCCACAACACAGUUGUGAGGCUGAUUGAUGAGAUCAUGUCUAUAAUUUCUAAACAUGCAAUAUGCAUUAUUAAACAUGGAAAUGAAAAACAAAAUGCGAUUUCAGAGAAAGAUAUCCAGGCUAUAGUUGAUGCCAUUUAUGCUGGUAUUUCUCAUUCAAAUCUAUAUCAGUCUCUUACAAAAGAUAAAAAAGGCAUAAGUAAUAUACCUGUUACAAAAAUAGCAAGUUAUAUAAUAAAAGAAAUAUUUAACCAUCAUCCUGAGUCAUUUUUAUCUGCAGAUAAAAUUCUUCCUUCAGGUACAGUGGGUCAAACUUAUCAACAGAGAGCAACAGAUCCUCAACAGAGAGAAUUGUUGUUUAUUGUGAAUUCAGCGGUCUUUUUAGAGGAUGUAAUUUCUGAUCUUUUAGGCAGAAUCCUCUGUGUAUUCUCACAUAAUGUCUUGGCUGCUGAAAACCCAUGUAAAGCAAAAACCAAUGUAACGAACAUUGUUACAACAUUAGUAAAAUCAAUUGUGCUGGAAUUCACCACAUCAGAAAUUUUAGUUGCAGAUCACUUGGAUGAAAAUCUGUAUUUUUCAGAAGGAUAUAAAGAAAUAGUCAAAAAAACUGUCAGCCUAAUUUAUGAAAAACUAUUAGAUGAUUAUAAAUCUCUGAUUCGUAUUUAUAGAGCUAUACAAAGUGAUGCUGUCAGUUUUGGGCAAAAAAUAUGUUAUUUGCUAUUAGGAGAAAUUUAUGAUUCUCAAGUGGAGUCAUUAGUUUUGGGAGAAUUAUCAGCUUCUUCCUAUUCCACCCUCCAAGGUGAAAACAUCAUCAGAAAUGUGCUUGACAGCAUCAACGAUGAUAGCCAUGUCUUGCCGUCAUGCAUCACUGUAUUGCCGCGUUCCCUUUUAAAAGAUAUUACUUAUAAGCUUCUAGCACAUAUAUUCCCUUCAUCUGAGACCGAAACUGAACUCAAUGAGAAAGAGGUGCCACCAGAUUAUGAGUUUGUGAAUACAGCUUCAAAACUGACAGAUGAAAUUAUACAAAUUUCUGAACAUGAAAUUAGACUUGCCACAGCAGCGGAGCAUGUGGAAAGUAUGCAAUUAGAGGCAAGUGAGAACUUUGUUAACUCCAUAUGUAAUGGUAUUAUGAAAAAACUUAAAUUAGAAAAUGAAACACAGCGUGAUACAUACAAAAAGGGAGGCUUGUUCCUCAGGAAAAUAGCUGGUUUCAUUAUGAAAGAAAUUGUGGACCACCAUCUGCAGCCAUUUUUAUAUGACGAAGAAUCACCUUCCUGUGACUUACCCAAAAAUGCCCAUAUCAUUGAACUCUUGAAUCCUGAGAAAGAAAAAAUACUCACAGGCUUCCCACAGGCUUCUGUGUAUUCUGCUACAUUUUUGGAAGAUGUCAUAAUUGACCUUGUUCGCAAAUUUUAUACUCUCCCAAGUAUUGCUGAAAACCCUAAGAACAAAGAGAUAUCAGAAAAAGACCCCAUGGGCAUGGCUAUAAAAUUUGCAAAUGCCCUGGUAGGAGAAUUUAGGAAAAGUAAAAUUAAAGUCCUAGCAAAUUCUGGAGAAAUGUCUUUUCCACCAAUAGAUAAAGAGACAGUCAAUAACGUAUCUGAUUCUGUGUAUGAUGAGGUCACAGAAAUGUAUGGAUCUAACAAUGUUCAGAAAGAUGAUAGAAGUAACAUUGUUAUAGAGAUGAUAGCUGCUUUAGCCAAAAAGGCAAUCUCUGCUUUCAAGAUUCAACCACUUUUUUCAGGAGACUGGUCUUCUGCCUUCUUUUCAUUUCUAAAUGUGGAUAACAUCAUCCAAAGAGUUCAACACCUACCAUAUAAUAUCUUUACAAAAAUAAAUAAAAGCUUGAAGGAGAACCCAGUUUCUUCACUAGAACAAUUACCUACACUUACUCCUCUAACCUCAGGCCUGAAAGACAUAAUGGACACUUUGGAAAUAGGUAGAGGAUCACUUCAUGGAAAAGAGAAUUCCAAAAAGGAGAAGACAUUUAUGAAGACAGGCAGCAUCCAGGAGCCGAUAUGUACCUCUCUAACUAGCAUUGUGAAGGGCGAAUUAACUACCCUAGCAUCAGGUGUAGUUGGAGGUGUGGCAGAUAAGAAGAAAGGGGAUGCAAAGAAAAAGGAAAGGUCAAUUGGAAAAGAGAAUGAGAAGGCAUCAAAAGUUACUUCUCCAACAACUAAUGUGGAAAGUGAAGAUACUCGGGGACCAGAUUUGAGUAUGGCACCUAAAAAGAAUGAAAGCAAGAAGAAAGACACUUUGGGUAUAAAAGAGGAAAAAGGGCAAGGUGAUGAGGUAUACCAAGAUCUUUCAUCAGCUACUGAUGACACAAAAAACAAGAAGCUUGUCCUGGAACCAGAUUUAAAAAUAGAUAAAAAGAAGAGUGACAAGAAAAGAGGGAGUUCAUUAGAAAAAGACAAUAGAACUUCUGAAUUACCAUCUCUGAAAUCCAAAGUGAGAAACAGAAAGAUCCAAGAGAAGAGGAGAGAUUCUCCAGCUUAUGGAGUUACAGAUGACAAAAAGACCUUGCGUCUUAAACGUGUCCAGAAUUUCACUGAAAGCAUUUACAGAAAUGUUUUAGAAUUGUCUCCUUUCCAAGAACCAGUAGAUGAUUCAAAAUCCCCAAAUCCCCUAGGUGAUAAAGCAGUAUAUGUAACUCAAGCAGAUGGCAAGGGUUUUGCCCAGCCUGACUCAACAAAUCCAGCUAAACACAAUGCUCCUGCAAAAGAGGAAGAGAAUAAAAAAAGUAAAGAUAAAGAGAUUAAAAGUAAACCUAGUAAACCAGACAAUCCACCAGAAAAUAACUGUGGGAUUUUUCCUGCUAACUUUUUAGGAGAUGUUCUCUCUGAAACAGUAAACAAAUUGGUUUUUGAUUCCUCACUGGGUACAGAUGAUGCAUGUCAAGUAACCAAAAAUGUAAAUCAAACUGAGCUCUGUGACACAGCUAUGAAACUGAUUGAUUGCCUGUUAAAGGAGUUUUCAGAUGCUCAAAUUAAAGUAUUGAACCUAGGUCAGGGAAGUCAGUUCUUCCCAUCUAUAGAUAAAGUUUCAUCAGUUCACAAUGUACCUCUCAGGCAAAAAGAACCAUCUGUGAAUAUAGCACCUCGAGAGAAAAAAAUGGCAGCUGCAACUAAGAUAGAUUCUUUAGAUGAGGCACCUUCUAUGGCUAACAUAUCAUCAAGCGAUAAAAUGUUGGUCAACAAGAUUGUCCACUCCUCUAUAUGCAAUAUUUUGCAGGAAUACAGAUCUCAAGACUCCAUUUAUAAAGACAUAAAUAGUAAUGGUGAAAAUUUAGCAAGAAAGCUAGCUAAUGCAGUAAUAGAAGACAUUUUUCAGCAUCAGCUAAACUUGCUACUUUAUGAUGAGGUUCCGGCUGCAGCAUGUUUGCCUCUAGAAUCUAAGGAGGUAGUCCAAACAGCCUGCAAAGAAUGUCAAACAUCAUCACCAUAUACCAUAAUGCUACCUUAUGAAUUUUUAGAAAGUAUAAUUUCUUUUCUUUUAUCAAAAACUUUCUCAACAGUAGCCAAUGCUAAAACAGAAAUAUCUGAAGAUAAUUUGCACACAGAACUGGAUUUCCUUCAAAUGAAGUUAGUAAGUACAAUUAUGACAGAGAUCUCCAAAGAUGAAGAUAAGAUUGUACAGUAUGUAGAAUCCUUACAUCCUAAUGACGAUGAAAUUAUUCAAUUAGUGGCUCAGACUAUUUAUAAUAAUCUCUUGCCACAAUUUGGAUCUCAAGAGAGCAUACAAAAUUGUGUCAGCGGUGGUUGCAAAAUCCUUUCAGAAACCAUAGUUAAUUUAGUUGUAUAGGAAGUGACUGGCAACCAAUUGCAGAACUAUUUUUCUGGAGAGCUAACGUCACAUGAGUAUACAGAAGUUGACAGUGUUGUUGAAAGUAUCCUUAAAGAUGUCAUCCAAACCACUGAAGUUCCCCAGCCUCAGCCAUCAUGGGCUUACAAACUGCCUUUUUACAUAAUAGAAGAAAUUGCUGUAAAUUUUUUGUCAAAGCUUUUAUCUAUGUUUCCAAAAGUGGAUAAGAAACAAAACAAUUCUCUAAAUGCUGAAAUGCAAACAAUAAUCUCAAAAAUCCUAAAUUCAUUCCAAGAAUAUCUCUCUAAAAGUCUAAUUAUAGUAGUGCCACGCAAAGAAUCACCCACUGUAUCUUUAGGAGACAGUACAACUAUUGAAAAAGUAGUUACUUCUGUUUAUAACAGUGUUUUAAGGCGCUCUGGCUCCCAUAUUUCAGUGUAUAAAGAUUUAAUUGGUAAGAGCAAUGUCCUUUCUGAUAUAAUAGGAUUUUUAAUGGUGAAGGAAAUUUCCAAUUCAGAACUUCAUCCUCAAGUAGAAGAAGAAGCAUCAAGUUCAGAGUUAGUUCUGGAAGCUGUCAAAAUUAUGGAAAAAGUGGUUAAGAUCAUUGAUGACCUUAAGUCAAAGAAAAAGCCUUCAACCAAAAAAGAGACUGUGUUAGAUGCUAGAUUUUUAGAGGAAAUGCUGGCCUUGUUCUUGGCUAAACUAGUAAAGUUGCCAAGUGUCUCAAGCAGAGAUGUGAAAAACUUAUCAAAGUCUGAGGUAAAUAAAAUUGCAUCUCAAUUGACAAAAUCUGUGACAGCUGAAAUUUCCAGAAAUAACAUUAGUGUAGCUGCUAAACCUGAAGAAACAUUUUUAAGUCCAGAAAGUAUAGAAAUUAUUUCUCAGAUCAUCGAUUCUGUUUAUAAUCAGGUACUACAACAAUCUGGAACUCAUGAAGAACUUUAUUAUGACAUGAAAGGUACAAACAAUGUCUUCCCUAAAGAGGUAGCUUCUUUACUCAUCAGUAAAAUUUCCAAUUGUCUAUUAGAAACAAUUAGCCCAAAAGAUUCACAGGCUGAUCUCUUUGGCGAUUUGGAUCUUAGUCGAAUUGUUGAAAAGGUGCAUGAGCAUGCUGUUAAAAGAGGGCCUGAGCUAGAGCAAAAAGAAUUAGGUCAAGAUUUAAGUGAAGAGGAACUUCCAAUUAAAAUAAUUCCUCACCGUGGGAAACAACCAAUCAAUAUCGAUCCAGACAUUGUGGCAGAUCACCUAGGAGUCAUUUCUAUAAAAACACCACCUCUUGAGAAACUGCAGUUGGAGUGUUUAACUAGAACCGGAUGCAGCAUCGAGGCACUGAGAAGAGUGUCAGUGAGUGGGAGGAGUCACUCAAUGGGCACACCUGAUGCAGGAAAGCAAAAGCGAGAAAGACGCAUCUCAUUGGAUGAGGUGGGACGAUUGAAUGUAAAACCAUUAGAGGCAAUAGUUUUUAAUAUUUUCUCUUCAAUUCCAGACUGCUAGUAGGAAUUCAUGCCUGACAUCACCAAAGUGGAGCUUUUAAAAGAUGUCCACAGCAAAAAAGAUCUUAUCAUUCGUUUGGUAACUCAUGAUAUUAAUCAAGAAGUUUCAGAAAAUAAAGUGGAAGAGGGCUUAACUUCCGAUGAAGAGGAAGUUGUUUUACAAGACGUUGAGAAAGAAGAACUUCCAGAAGGCCCAUUGGAAGAUCAAGUAAAAGAAGACAUGAAGCCCAUUACAAGCACAGUGGCUUUUUCCAAGCCACUGAAGAGCAAGAGAAAUCUGAAAAAAUUUUUGUCACUAGGAAAAUGUUAUCAUUGCAAAUCCACUGAAACUACAACAAAUACUGAAUCAUCACCAAAUCAAUGGACAGAAUCUGAGGAGACACAGCGAAGAAUUGUUUCUAAUGCUGAUAUGACUACCUCCAAAUCCUCGACUGGCACAGAUUCUUCCUUUUGGGAGAGAAAAACACAACUAAGUAGAGAAGAAAGUAAUGCUAGUACUGAACUGGCAUAUUACUUCUUACAUAGAAUUAUGAGUUCAUCCUCAUACAAUGAAGAGGGUCUGCCUUCAUUUUCUAGUGAUGAUGAUGAUCGUCCCUCAGAUCCAAGUGCCAAAAUAACAGAAGACGCUGAUAAGCCCAGUACUUCCAAACAGGGGUCUGAAAUGAUGAAGAAGGUAUCAUCAGCUCUGUUCAAAGUAUUUUCAAGAUCUAAUGCCAAUGUUUCCAAAUCUUCCUCACCCCCACACCCCCCAACCAGGACAGAAGCUGAGGCUGCGACAGCUAACAUCAAUAAAGUUGUUUUUUUUGACCUUCCUCAAAAAAAAAAAAUGGUUUUUAAAACAUGACAUUGUGUCCUACACACUGAUUCUUACAAAUACUUUUAAAUUCUUAUAAAUAAAUAAGAACAAAGAAUGUACAAAAAGGCAGCUGGAAAAAAGAAGGAUUUGAUAAAUGCUUCUGAUAGGCAUUUGGCACAAAAAGAGGGACUGUGCCUCCCAUCGAGAUACAUCUGCCAGUGGGACUCAAUCUCUGCUCUUGAGGGCACUGAAGCCUUGCUGGGAUGAGAAGACUAACUUAAAACCAAAAGGAACUGGAAUUGAGGCAAUCCUCAAAGGGCAGGUAGGUCUGGAAAGCACCAGGAAGGCUUUCACCUCUGGUGCCAGAGCUGCAUAUAA